GUGGAAUAACAUUACAUAGUCCCUCACGUGACUACACAAGUUUAGAUCUUCAAGGAGCACACCUGAAAGUUGGGCAAUGGAUAUGUGAUAAAAGAGAUGAGAAUGUCGCGCUAUACUCUACCAUGAAUUUCAAAACACUAGCAAAGUACAUGAACUUCACAUACUCUACUAAGACCUUUUGUUCAAGAGGAUUCGAUCAUAUUGCAACUGCUAUCUCUGAUGGAAGCAUUGAUCUCGGUGGUAUUAUGACAGUAACAUCGCAUCGCCGAGAACGGGUGCUUUUUCCCAAAGCAGUAUACACGGAUACCUAUGUGAUAGUCAUAAAAACUCCAGAAACAUCCACAACAGCAACAUUCAAUGUUUUCUCUCCAUUUGAUUUAUCAACAUGGCUUGGAAUCUCUGGAUAUGGAUUAAUUACUGCUACUUUACUUCGCUAUAUGAAUACCAAGGCACACAAAAAUGAAAGCAGGAGAACGUGGUACAAGAAACUUGGCUUGUUUUAUAACUACAUAUUUGGCACAUUUGUCAAUCAAGGUGGCACAUAUUCCAGUCCAAGCACUGCUAUUCGUGUGUUUAUCAGCUGCUGGUGGACAUUCGUGAUUGUGAUGGUCGGAACAUACAGUGGAACAUUGGUAAGCCAUCUCUCAGUGCAGACAACUAUUGAAUACCCGUUCACAAGCCUAGAAGACGCAGCAAACAGCCACCUGACUCCCACCGUUGUGCGGGGAUUUAGCAACGAAAACCUGUUACAAUACGCUGAUCCAGAUUCCAACUACGGCAAGAUGUGGCGCAAGGUACUGGCUGAUCCACAAUCAGUUGUGUCAGAUAUUCAAGAGUCAAUCGAUUUAACGUUAACUGGCAAGUACUUUACACCGAUGCAUGCCGUUUCUGCACCGGCUUUCAUCGAAGCAGAUAUUCAAGUGACUACCAAAUGUCGACUUACAAUUGCACCGUUUCAGUUUCACACAACAGAUCACAGUUGGGCCAUGUCAAAUACUAGUAAAUAUUUCAGAGCCAUUAACACUGGAAUACAAAUUUUGAUUGAGACUGGCCAUUUACAGAAGUGGAUGAGUCAUCAGUCUACGGCUUUUGAUAAAUGUGUGAAGGCAGAAGUAAAUUUGGAAUCCGCGUCUCUGUCCCUUCAACAACUCUCGAGUAUAUUUAAGCUACUCAUCUAUGGUUGUGCUAUUGCAACUGCAGUUCUGAUAGGUGAGAAAUUUAGUACGAUUUUGCGUGAAAAAAUUACACGUCAUCGAUUGAAUGUUGAUUUAUGUUAGAUGUUAAGAAUUAAUGUUAAAUGUUAACAGCUAUAUGUUCAUUUCUAUAUAAUGUCAUGAACGCUGUUGCUCUUUAUUGUACGUGUGUGUUAGAUAACACUGUCAGAG